AUGCAAGGCGGUGACGGUCGCCGGGAUCUCCUCUUGGCGGGCGGAGUGGCGGUGGAGCAACGCAACGAAUGUGGUGAAGGACAGCAAUGCCGCUUCCAGAGCGCAGUAGAGACCGUGGGCGGUGCGAGGAAGGGUGAGAGGUAUGGUAUGGGUGGUGGUGGUGGUGGUGGUGAUGGUGGAGGUAGAGGAGGACGACGAGGCGGUUGA